CUGUGAGGCCGCCCGUCCAGUCGACGCGAACUCUUCGGCGCGCCGCCCGCGCUAAACCGCUCAUCGCUCCCGCCAAAACUGUCAAACUCGAUUCGAAAUUCGAAAAUUUUGCUUUUUUUUAUUUACGUCCAGCUUGUGGCGGGAGGCUACCACGUGAUUCGAUAUCAGUGAGUGUUCGUCCGAACAAAACGCCGCGCGUAAACCGUUCUAAAAUAAAACGUUGUCGAUUGAAACCGGAGCAUCUCGAAGCUCGAUGACACAUCUCUCUACGUUAUCGCAUCAUGGAUAAGACAGAUAAAUGACACAAAACAAUUAUGAAACGUAGAAAAUAUGACACAAUGGUAUCGUUCAUAAAGUUCAUAAAAAUACCAAAAAAAUUACAAGAACGGUGCGCUUGAUAAUGACAACACUGCCAAAUUAAAAAGUGCCUUAACAACAUCGAACUAUCGAUUCAAUUGGUGCUUACAACAAUAAAUAGAGUAAAAUAAUGUUAGUGAAUGGAUUCAAAGUGUGGUGUGGACUGAAUUUAAGAUGUUAGACGUUUUUCGCGGAUUAAAAAAUCUCAUAAAGGUGAACUAUGUACACAUCGACUCACCGGUGUUUAGGCUACAUUAUUCUAUAACUGUCAUACUACUGAUCUCGUUCAGCCUUAUCGUCACGACCAGACAGUACGUCGGAAAUCCAAUAGACUGCAUCCACACCAAGGAUAUACCAGAGGACGUGUUGAACACAUACUGCUGGAUACAUUCAACGUACACCCUUAAGAGUUUCUUCAACAAGAAGGUCGGCGUCGAGGUGCCAUACCCGGGCAUCGGGAACAGCCGCGAGAAAGGGAAGGAAGAUAUGAGUGAUAGGAAGAUUUAUAAAUACUACCAAUGGGUGUGUUUUUGCCUAUUCUUUCAGGCCAUGUUAUUCUACGCUCCACGGUGGUUAUGGAAGUCAUGGGAAGGAGGAAAAAUCCGGGCCCUUAUGAUGGACCUGGACGUAGGUGUGUGCACCGAGAUAGAGAAGAAGACGAAGAAGAAAUUGAUACUGGAUUAUCUGUGGGAGAACCUGCGCUACCACAAUUGGUGGGCCUACCGUUAUUAUCUGUGCGAGGGGCUCGCUCUUGUCAAUGUUAUUGGGCAAAUGUUCCUUAUGAACCGCUUCUUUGACGGCGAGUUUAUGACUUUUGGGCUAGAUGUGAUAGCCUACAUGGAAUCUGAUCAGGAGGACAGGAUUGAUCCGAUGAUUUAUAUAUUUCCUAGAAUGGUAAAAUGCACAUUAUUCAACAAGUUCGGUUCGUCGGGCGAGGUUGAGCGCCACGACGCGCUCUGCAUUCUGCCGCUGAACGUUGUCAACGAGAAGAUCUACGUGUUCCUCUGGUUUUGGUUCGUCAUCCUCGGCAUCCUAACAUUAAUCACACUCAUCUACAGAAUCGUCAUCAUCUUCUCCCCUCGCAUGCGCGUUUACAUGAUGAGAAUGAGAUUCAGACUCGUCAGACGAGACAAUGUAGACACGAUCGUGCGCCGGAGCAAGAUGGGGGAUUGGUAUCUCCUAUACAUCCUCGGGGAGAACCUCGACUCGGUCAUAUUCAGGGAUAUCAUGAAUGAGUUCGCAAACAAAUUAAAUCACAACUAUCAACAUCAUAUCCACGGUGUUCCUGACGCGUGACCUCCGGUCCCAGGGUGGGUGUUCCACACGUGACUGACGUCGUUACAGCGCCACAUGGACCCUCCCGUCUGAGUGCGCUGUAAUUCAUAAAGUGUCAAUAGACUUCAAAAUUUCCUCGUUCACAUAUGAACAUUAACUUAGCGGACCUAUACGAUGGCCUUGAGGCACCCCACGCCCACGCUGGACAAUGCAAGCCGCGGAGUGUACUUGUAUAUCAAAGAGAGUUGUUAAGCUGUAUUUGUAAACUUAAUAGUGCAAUUCUAAAAAGCAAUAAUAGAUUGUACUUUAUGUUUAAGAACGUGAUCUCAGGAUGAAUUCUGUCAAAAGCCUUUAAAAGUCAUCGGAGACGGCUGUCCCGUUAGAGUGUCUAGUGUUCAACUUUUAGAAGUACUUUUACUAGUAGUUUGGCUGCUCUUAGAAAUUGUUUGUCGAGACCGCUUCGUUUCUAUAAACUAGCGAAUAUAUUGAAGAUAAGCACACAGAUAGCACACCACUUGUCUUUUUACACGAUUUCUCACUUGCAGCAUGUUCAGGUUCAGACCAAUAUGAAAUAAAGCAAUAAUUAAAUAUUUAAUCAAUGAUGUAAGAUGGUUAGAUUUAAGGACAAUUGGCAAUAAACUGACGACACAGCAGUGUCAGAACUUUUGCGCGUCAAAAGACAUUAACGAAAUCGCAAAACGAAUGAGUAAUUUGAAAUAAGAAUAAGUGGAGUUGUAAGUAAAUUUUCUUAUAUACAGGUUGCUCAUUUAGUUGGUUAUUAAAUUCGAAAUGCGACUGAAAGAAAAUCGUCUAAAAAGAUUUUCUAUCAACGGAAUGAAACAGGAAUACUAUCUGUUACAUCUAGGUGAUAUCUGAAAUAGAUUUCGGCUUAUUUCGGCUCUAUUUCAGAACGCUCUAGAUCAAGAAGGUAUCAACUAAAAUGUUAGAAGGGAAACGUCGGGAAGUUGUUGUGUUUAAUAAUUAGUAGUUUCUAAUAUAAGUGUAAAGGUUGUUUGUCUGUAACGAUGUAAUGUUAGUCUCACUGAUUUUCUUUACUUGCCAAUUGAUAUUAGCUAACUCAGAAAUAUACUAUAAAAAUUAUUAUAUACACCAAUACUGCCAUUGGACUAGAGUUAAUUGAACAUUAAGGAUAGUGCAUUUAAAUUUAAUAUUUAUAUUAUACUGUUAGCGCUUAGCUCUGGAAGCUUGUAUAAGAUUGUGCGGUUACGGAGAUCAAGCGAAUCCGAAUCCAAAGAGUAUUCAAUAUAUCUCUUUCUAAUUUCAGAUCUAAGCGCAAAACCAUUUAUUUCUAGUCACUUGAGUACGUCGGUUUAGACAUGGAAUGGAUAGCUCUGACAAAAAUCUGAGAGGCAGAGACAAUACGU